CACUGAAUAUCUGCAAAGUUGAAAUAGUCUGCAACAAAAAGUUACUCAAAUCAAAGACGGGGUUCAAGGUACUGCGCAUGCGUAGUAGCAAGCUUCACGCAUGCGCGAACCAAACGUCAAGUCUAUUUCAGUAAAGCUUACGCGACGAGCUUACAAAAACGCUUAUAAACGAAAUAUUAUACAAAAACUUAUUCUAAAUACGUUUAAAUAACAGUGCGUGGUGAUCGCGAAACUCGUGUAUAAUGUGCAAUAAAAAUAAGCUCUAACAUGUCAAUAAUAAGAGUGAAAUUCCAAAAUGCAGCAUUGCGCCAACGAAUCGAUUCGAACAUUCCCUGAUGCCAAAUACAGAAUUUAGUGUCAAAUAUAUACAGGAUGGAGCCCUUGAUAGACAGGAACAACUUCGCUAUAAGCGCCAUGGUGACGGUGGCUAUGCAGAUACUGUUCUUCACCAUCGCCUCGCUGUUCCAGAAUGAUAAAGUGACGGAUUUCACUGGAGGGGCUAACUUUAUUAUUAUAGCCUUGCUCACGUUCUUCCUCGGUCAGGGCGGGUCGCACCUCAAGAGCUACGAUAGCAGGCAGCUCAUGGUGACUGCCUUCGUGUGCCUCUGGGGAGUCAGGCUGUCCGGCUACCUCAUCUACAGGAUCUACCACAUAGGUAGAGAUAAACAGUUCGAGGAUCGGAAAAGCAAUACUCUAAGGUUCGCAGUGUUCUACACGUUUCAGGCAGUAUGGGUAUAUAUAGUUAGUCUGCCAGUUAUUAUUAUGAACUCCCCGCAUCACUCGUUUCCUAAGUCUCCGAAAACUAUGACGACCUUAGACUCGGCUGGUGCUGGAAUAUUUGUCAUAGGAUUGUUAAUUGAGACUUAUGCUGAUCUGCAAAAGUUUGCGUUCAGACAGGAGCCUGCCAACCAGGGCAAAUGGUGCAAUGAUGGCCUUUGGGGAUUGUCGCGACAUCCCAACUAUUUCGGUGAAGUUGUUCUGUGGUGGGGAAUAUUUAUCAUAUCUUUAAAUGUGAUUAACGGUGUAGAAUGGAUCGCGAUACUAUCACCAUUAUUUACGACAGCAAUCAUACUUUUCUUAUCGGGUAUACCGCUGCUCGAACGAUCCGCCGACGAAAAAUACAGAGAUAACCCAGAUUAUUUGUAUUAUAAAGCGUCCACCUCGCCCCUGAUUCCGAUCCCGCCGGCUAUUUACGUGGAAGUGCCAAGGUUCUUGAAGUUCGUUAUGUGCUGCGAGUUCCCCAUCUACGACUCGACGACCGAGGAGUUCCCCGCGCCCACCAUCGUCACGGAGACCACAAGCAUCUCCAUGGUGCAGUCCCAGACAUAGCUAACACACGCCGCGCGCGACCUCGCCGCGGCUAACGAUCAGAUCAUCAAGAACCCCAACCAGAAACAAUUGUGAUACACAGCCGAGGACAGAGCACACCGGCUGCCAAACUCGUUGCCACUCAAACACAACAACACUGUAGAUAUGAACCUUCACAAUACUUAUAUGGAAAAUAUUAAAAAAAGUAAACACAUAGCCCUAGGACUUAUAGAAGAGACGAGGGAUUAUAGCGCUGCGAACACACCUGAUAAUGAUAUUGAAAAGAACAUAGAUUUAGCAGUUCCUAGUACUAGUUACGCAAAACGACCUACAGAGAUAGUUAAAUAUGGUAAAAUUACUUUUAACACAACCGCGAUAUUGCAUCAUUAUCCUCAAGUAUCUAAUAAUGAACUUAAGUUAAAGAGCACUUCAGGUGCCAAAAAGAAAACAGACUUGAAUCUCCAAGAGCCUAAAGUAGAUAACAAUAAUGAAUCGACUCCAGAAGAUGUAGUAGUAGAUAUUAAGAAAGACAAUUAUAAUAACAAUGAUACGGUGAAAACUGAAAUAACGACAGACAAUGCGAUUGAAUUGGUGAACCAGCCGGUAAAAUUCACAGAAGAGAAGCUUGUAUGAGAUUGGGAGACAACUUUUUUCUCUGUACAUUUUAGAUUAUCUAGAAUUUGGCAUCGAUACUUGAAGCCUAAAUGGACAUAUCGCGAUUGAUGUAAAGACUGCCAAAAUAAUGAACAAAUGUAAUGUCGGAGAGACAUUUUAGAUGUGAUAAGUGUAAAGUCCUCAUACCAUAGAUGGA